GUGUGUGAGAGAGAGAGAGAGAGAGAGAGAGAGAGAGAAAGAGAGAGAGAGAGAGAAAAUAGGUGUCGUAGGUUGUUUGGAUAGAGUUACUAGGGAGUGCUCACACCUGCCUUGUGUGUGGAUCUGCGUGUCUUUCCCUGGUUUGGUCCAUUUUUCCUAAUCUUCACCUUUUCUCAAAGGACAACAUUAUUUUUUAACAAAGCCUCUGUAUUUGGAACAGAGAUGGCAGAUUUUCCUGGGAAGGUUAGCACUGAGACAAGCUCACCACAGUCUCAGACAGGAUCAAUGCAACUAAUGAACAUAUCUACGGAUUUGAACUUCAUCAAGACCAUUCCAGGGAUCCUCUUGUUCGCGGAGAUUGUUUUAGGCCUGCUGGUAUGGGCACUGAUCUCCAGUGCUGCCUACCAGGCAGUCCCUGCUUAUGGCUGGGUGAUGUUUGUGAGUGUGACACUGUGGAUCCUCUCCAUCGUGCUCUUCAUUAUACUGUUUCUGAAUCUUAAGCAGAAAUUAGUCUCAGUGCCCUGGCCUCUAGUGCUGAUGGUAUUUUAUGCAGUAGCGACUGUCCUGUACCUCACUGCUUUUGUGGCCAAUGCAGCUUCAGUCUCUGUCUAUGUAAUUUGUUAUCACUAUAAUCGUAUGGCAGCUGCUGCGUUUUUUGGCAUUGUGGUGACACUGACGUACGCCGCUAGUGCCUUCUUUGCCUACCUGGACUGGAGGGGUGAUGGGGGAAAUGCAGCCACCAGCACCGUGCCUGUGUAGAGAUGUGCUAUCUGCCUCUGGCAAGAGACUGUAUUCUGAGUCUAUAUAUGAAGGAAAGCAGAAGCAAUAUAUUUUGCUCAAACCUUUCUUCAGUGGCGUUUGAGACAGAGGCUCAUCAUGGAUAUAGUAUUGUAAAUGAUCUGUGGGCUUUGAUGUUUGUGCUCUUGUGUUCUGUGGUUUACAUACUUUGUAAGCUGGCCUGAAAAAUUAUGCAGGCUGGGAAUUUUUUUUCUUUUUUAAACCUAAACUGUUGAUCAAACAUACAGUUAAUCCAUGAAAUUGGAAAUGUGCAAUCAUACACAUUUUUCAUGUUUGACGACAUUUUGAUGUAUGUCAAUUAAAUUACAUUUAUUUCUUCUUACAUGCAUAUUUACACAUACAAUGAAACACGUAUGAAGCACUCCUUAGGUAAAAACUUUACACACUCAAUCAAUAGAGGUGGUAAAACAUUCAGACCAUAGAAACAUCAGCAAAAUGAAGCAAGGGAUUGAAUGAGAGGGUUUUUCAUCUCCUGACAGGCUACAUUUGGGAGCUGAGCACGACAUAAACUGACAAAGAAGAGCAAAAAACUGCUUUAAAACCUAUCUCAAAAUAUGAUAGAUUACAUUUGGUAUAAAAAAUUAGAAAAGGCCUGUAAUCGGUAAUCGGUGCAUAUGCCUGUUUCUUUCCCCCCAACAUAUGCUUAGCAGUCAUAGAAAUGCUCUUGGCAACGCAGGUGUAAGCGUGUUAUUUCAGCAAGAUGUCCUGUGUAAGCCUUUUUCAGCCUGAACAAUAAACUGUUCACAAUGCAUCUAAGAUAAACCAUUCAAUAGCAGGCACGUCACUUGGUGUUUCUAUGUAUUUUAGAAGCCCUUUUGAUUAAUGAGAUGCAAGUAAAUAUUUGUGGUGUAACUCGUAAGUGAAAAAACACAGGGAGGUGCUAAGGAGUGGUAAGGGUAUGAAAAUGUUCCUCGCUGAAGUCAGAUUGUACACCUGUUCAAGAAACACCACGCAUACAACAAAAGCUUUACUUUUAAUACAGCAGAUACUACAUCUAUGUGUAAUAAAGCUAUCAUAACUAAAUAUCACGGACAGUGACACCAACUAAAAAUGUAAGUCUCUUGGUAAACCUUUGAAAUACUGUGGGAGGAACCACAACAAAAGCAGGACCUAUUAGGUAAUGUCAAGUUUAAAUAUUAAACCAAAGCAAACUCAUGGUCCCCAUCAUUGAGCUAGUAUGGCAGUAAACUAAGCUCCUGAACCUGGAGCAAAACUACCCACAUGGCUGAGGGAACGUAAAUGUGAUGUUGGGGUCUUUGAAACGGCUAUGAUGUAAGGAGCAGACACUUAAAAAUGAUGGUUCUUCAAGGAAGCAAAAUGGCCCUUUAUAGAACCAUGAACACUUAAAGAACGCUUUGCAUGAUUAAAGCAUUCUAUGUAGCACCAACAUGAGUUAAUGAAUUGUUACAAGCUUGAUAUUGUAACAACAGAAAAACCCUUUUUGGUACUAUAUAGAACCCUUUUCAGAAAGGUUCUUUGUAGGACUACCUACAGCACAUUCUUUGUUAAUCUGAAGAAACCUUUCAUGUUGCGAAGAACACUUUAAUUAUGCAAAGGGUCUUUGACUGUUAAUAGUUCUCUAGAGAUCUAUUAACAUUGUGUUUACUAAAGAACCCUUGAAAAACCAUCUUUUUAAAGAGUGUAUGUAAGUGAUGAAUUUACUGUGAGUUAUAUGACACCUCAUCCCUCCUGGGCUCAGAGGGAGCCUGAUGCUGUACUGGAAGUAACCAUUGCAGAAGUAGCCGAACUCAAAGAUUUCACCAUCAGGCCAUUGCUUAGGUCCAGCCCUCGUCCCUCACGUUCCUGCAAACAAAGAAGGCUGUUAACAUUGCCCAUUCUAUGGGCUAAAGCUGAAACAAGGGAAUUACUGAUCAUAUAAUGGUGACUGUAGAAACCACAAGAAAAAUGUUUUGUCUAUUUUAAUUUGACCUUAAACAUUUUGUUGUGAUAUGACAAGCUGAUUAAAAUCAUUGGUGAGGGGCUGACUUACGUGUUUGUCACAACACAGCAUAUUGCAUUUUGUGUAAUACUUGUGUAGUAGUAGUGAGCGGUAUACUGCUUGAAUUUGAAAAUGCAGCAAACCUCCUUGAUCACCUCCCGCUGUCUAGUCCGUCGUAUUAUAAGUAGUUCACUUUGUUUUCUAAAGCCAGUGGAUAUAAAAGAAUGGCCAGACUUCAAACUUCCAGGGUUUGCCUUAGCCUAACAUGGACACCAGACUGUUUGCUGUGCUUCUUCCUGUACCACCCGAGAGGCUGCCUGACUUGGUCAGCUGCAUCAGAUGACAACGUCACAGUCUCAGGGGUCUUGUGCAAGCAAGCAGUUAACCAGCUGGUACUGAUAGUGUAAAUGACAGUAACAUAUAGCAAAUUUUAUGUUCCACCUUAAAUGGUGCAGCAGUUACGUUCAGGUACCGGUAGAGGUGCCAGAAUGUGUGCACAGCUGCUGAAUAAUAGGCCAACUAUAGUCUUGUAAGAAUUAAGACAUGAAACAAUAUUUGCACCAUUUUAGAUGGCCCAUUAUCUACUGAUAGAAAGCAAUAGUGACUUAGGCUUAUCUAUAUAUUGUUCAGUUUUGUUUUUACUAUUUUUUCACAAUAAAAAUAUUUACUUUGUUUGCUAAAAA